AUGUCGGCUGCAAUGGAUAGAGCUUUGAUGGCUCUGUCGUUGGAGGAAGAAUAUAAACCGUUCGACAUGCCGGAUCUUCCGGGGUUUUGUUCGAAUGAGAAGAAUAAGCUAAGUUUGGUGGGUAGAAUGUUAAAUCCAGAGUGUCAGAAGAUGUCUACACUGAUCUGGAGAAUGCCCGGAAAGUGGUCAAAGGAAGGCAAAUGUCGAGGAGUGGCUCUGUCUCGGGAGCGUUUUCAGUUCUUCUUCGACCAUGAACAUGACCUGCUCGAUGUGUUAGAGAAAGGGGUCCAUACGUUUAAUGAGUGGGCUUUGGCGAUUGAGAGGUGGGUAGAAGAGCCACCGGAUGAUUAUCUGCAGUUUAUUUCUUUGUGGGUUCGUAUAAGCAACAUCCCGAUAAACUAUUACACAAAGGAAGCUAUUAUGGCGCUUGGUGACUUGGUUGGAGAAGUGAAGGAGUUCAUCUUCGACCCCACAAAGCCUCAAACACAACCUUACGAGAGGGUUCUAGUUAAGUUCAAUGUGGCGAACUCAUUGAAGACUUCUAGAGUCAUAAACAUCAAAGGAGCUAAACCGGUGACCAUCCACUACAACUAUGAAAGGAUCCAGAAGAGGUGUUUCACCUGCUUCAGGCUUAACCAUGAGCAAAGUAUCUGUCCCUUGGUUGUGAAGAGAAGAAAAGAUGAAGCUUUUGCUAGGCGUCAAGCGAUCUCUAACGAGUUGGAACUAAAAAAGGUUGUAUUACAUGAAGACGAUCCUCUCUAUGGGGUUCUCACUGAAGAUCAGGUGGGGACUAGUGCGGUCACAGGAAAGCCGAAAAUUGUGAAAGAAGUUCUGGAUGAGAUGAGACAGUACUUGAUGCUGUCAACAGAUGAGGAUCGUAUUGUUAGGGAAGAAAGAGUGAGAAGCUCGGUAGCAGCGGUGGAGCAAGACCCUAUGCUGCAGCGUACUGUUCUAAGACUCGAGGCUCCUCCUGUUAUAUCUCAAGAUUUUAAUAAAGGGAAAGGAGUGGUCUACAGCUAUGAGGAGCUUCAGAAACCGAAAGAGGGCAGGUCGUAG